AAUCAACCGAACGACUUCACAAGGAAGAAAGCAGGACAAGAAGCAGUGCACACGUCGCACACGCAGACUGACAAGACCUUCUAGGCAGACCGCUGGACUCAGACCACUACACACCAAACUCAUCUACUUUCCGAGCCUCUAGCAUCCCCGACUAGCCCAGUACAGUAACAGGAACACAGUAUAAAGGCCAUGGCCAAGCGCAUCCGAGUGACCAAGCAGGAGGCCGCUACGUCCGCGCCGGCGAGCCUCCCAGACGCAACCAAGGUGGCGCCUAACGCUGCGCCCAAGGGGAAAACGACCACUCCUACCAACGCCGAGGGGAAACACGUGAUGCUGCCUGCUUUCCUGUCCAAGACGUACGAAAUUUUCAGUAUGCCCGAGUUCUCGCACGUCUGCGGCUGGAACGCGAACGGAGACACCAUCAUCGUGUCGCAGCUCGAGGCCUUUGUGGCCAUGGUGCUGCCACGCUUCUUCAAACACCGCAACUUCCCGUCCUUCGUGCGCCAGCUGAACCUUUAUGGCUUCCACAAGACGGUGCUCGACUCGAAGCGCCUCGAAUUCCAGCACCCGUACUUUAAGCGCGGCCGACCCGACCUGCUACAUCACAUUAAACGCAAAGUGUCAAACAGCAAUCAACACAACCAACAGCUCGUCAAUUCCUCCAUCCAGAACUCGCGACUUGAUGCGCACCGAGAGAUCUCAGACACACUACUGCGCGAGAUGAAGGAGCUACGUCAGCGCAGUGACGCCAUGGAGAAACGUCUGCGUGAGCUGGAGAUUGACAACGCGAUUGUGCGUAGCGACAAUCUCAAGUUGUGGAAGCACCUGGAGCAGGCAAAGGACAAGCAAUUGAUCAUGCAGGAGAAGAUGAAGAAGAUCAUGUGGAUUCUGUUCCAGAUCUACCGUGGAAAACAACAGAAUCUCCCCAAGCUCUCCGGCAACGACGCUACUGGCGCAGUCAUCAGCGAAGACAUGCUUGGACCCAAGGAAUUUCGUGAUGUUCUGCGUUUUUUGGCGAUGGACGAACCUCCGCUGUUGCCGGGAUCGACUGAUGUUGCUACUGCGGCGCCCACCUCGAGGAAGCGGAAAUUCGUCGAGGUUCCGUCGGAUGUCAAUGAUGCAGCUCCAUACAAAUUAGAGCCAUCCUCGAUUGACGUCCCCGGUAUAGUUGAAGAUCUCAACCCGUUCGCAAUGACUGUGCCAUCUACCGCACGCUCUGUGGCGCAUGAGGACAGUGCCCAAAACAACGUGCUGAGCAUCUUUUCGCCGUUAAAAAAUGCACUAAACAGCAGCAAUGUCGACGCAUCACUGGGUGGACUUCUUACGAAUGGCGUGGCCUCUCCAAGAAUGUCUGCGGCUGUGCCAGCGCCUACAGUAACGGCACCAACCACGUCGACUCCGACUGCAUCGGCGCCGACUGCACCAACCGUGACCGUGUCGACUCCGAACGUAAGUACUCCGGCCUCUAGCAGCGGAAGCCCGACGCCGAGCGAGAAAGCGGCCGUGUCGACUGGUACUGUCGCUAACGCAACGGCAGACGCGAACAAUCAGCUGGCGUUUUUGGACGAAGACCUCCCUCUACUGCCAGACUCAGAGCACUACAGCUUCACUGACGGCGAACAGGUAUUGCCACGCAUCCUGCAGUCUUGCUCUGGACGCUUUAGUGUUCUGUAUUGUGGAUUGUGAUCUAAUGGCGUGUCUGUUGAUGGGCUGUGCAUUAGCAGGCAGUGAUGAAGAAACUCGAGGAUUUUGAGACGUCGCUUUUGGACGAAUACGACGUCAGUUGCCUUGAUACACUUCUGCAACAACUGAAAAAUUCUAGUGGAGAUAAACCGGCUGGGGUUUCAGUGGCAGAACCAGAGGAGGUCAUCGUGGGACCGGCCAACGCGUCGCCGAACGAUGCGUAACGGUGAGGAUGACGACGAUCACUUCAUCCACGAAGCUUCAUAUCCACGUACAUGUCAAGCGAGUUGCGGCGCUUGUUACCGGUAGGACUGUCGUAUGCCUACUACUGAUGAGCGGUGGAGCGUGGCGACUUGCGGUCUCCUCGCCAGAAUAGAAACAGAUCGAGUGUCAAAAAGUCAAGAAAAAAAACAUUCAUGCGGAGCGAAGGAGGCACAAGAGGCGAAACCAAGAGACGGAGACGAGUUCGUACGAACAAACAGCCAAGAGUUGAUGCGAUAGGCAUUCGACGGCAGCGAACGAGCGCUCCGAAACGAUGACGAACACAUACACGCGGCUGUUUUUAUUUAUGCAAUAUGCGAGAAUCGAGACAACCAAACAAGAAAAUCAAAAAAAGUUUAGUAAAUAUCCUUCAUGUCGUUUAAAGCAUUGAUAUCUUCGGUCGUUGUUUAGGCGGCUUCUCGACCUUCC